UCAACUGCAGUAUACGCCAACAUUCAAAAAAAUCUUUUUUUUUACAAAGUUAAAUUAUUCCCUUAUCAAAGUAAUUAAGAAAGAUGAAACACCUGUUUGAUACUCGCACUCAGAAGUGCUGGACAGAACUUAUUGAAAAAGAAGCUUAUACUCGGAUAGCAUGGAAAGACAAAUAUGGGGCUAAAUAUUCCAGAAUUCCACCUACUAUUGUCAAGAAGCAGAGUGAAGUUCCUAAGCUCCCUGCCAGGAAUUAUACCCUUCCAGCAAUUCAUACUCCAAGACAACAGGAAGAAAGAAAGAAAUUACCUCAGCGAGCACCUUCAAAACCUGAGGAGUUUCAGGAGAUGCGGCCAGUAACUCCCCAGAUUCGAGCUUUGUUAUACGAUGGUUUUUCUAAAGAGCAAAAAGGCAGGUACCUGUACCUGGAAAAGAGGAAGGCAAAACCCCCGGAGGAAAAAUUCCAAUAUCCUAUUCUAUCCUCCUGGGAGUAUGGCUGGAGACAGGGUGAUGUUGUAGAGGAACUCCAGUUACCAGCUCAUGGUCGAUUGAGGACAGUAAACAAUACUUUCUAUUCAAGAAAUGGUGUCUUCUGCAAGCUAUCUGCAACAGACGGACUUGCUGAGCUCAACUGAGGAGGUGGACAGCAAUCCUGCAAUGAUGUUUGUUCUGGCUUUCUCUCUCUAGAUUAGUACAGAAUAAUCCCAUAGAGCUUCUGAUCCAUGGCAUUUUCUGCAAUAUUUCUGAUUUUUCAUACCUUGCUGAAAUAAUCCAUUUCAAAACUGCAGCAUUUGUAAGUUUCUUAAUAUGUCUGUCAUUGUUAUGUCUUCGUGAACUUCAAAAGCUGCAAUCUUGUGAUGCUGCAUAAUAUAGCAUAUCUUUUAGUAUCAGCUGAAUAUGCAGUUUAAGGAGACCUCUUUCAAAUUAUAUUGUGUAUUGCAUAUGAUUUAUGUAGAGAGGCUACUCUGCCCAUUAAAGCUCAAUUUUUGUUGGAA